CCCAGCUGGUCUGUGAUCGUGUGUUUCCCAUACACAGUAUAUAUCCAAAGUUACAUUGACCCGUACGGUCGGUAAUUAUCCUCGCGAUCAUGGCUGGAGCAGUGCGCCAGCCCAUUGACAUCCCGUCCUUGGAGCGCUAUCUCGAUCGCAAUGUGCCCGAGAUCAAGACUCCCCUGCAGGUGAAGCAGUUCGGCUUUGGCCAAUCAAACCCCACCUACCUGCUCACCACCGUCGACGGACAGCGUUACGUGCUGCGGAAGAAGCCCCCCGGAAAGCUCCUGUCGAAGACGGCCCACAAGGUGGAGCGCGAAUACAAGAUCAUCCAUGCGCUGGAACAGACCGACGUCCCCGUGCCCAAGACGUACUGCCUGUGCGAGGAUUCCAGCGUCGUCGGCACCCCUUUCUAUAUCAUGGAGUUUCUGGACGGGCGGAUAUUCAUCGAUCCGGCCAUGCCUGAGGUUGGGCCUGAGGAGAGAAAAGCGCUUUGGGAAGACGCCGUGCGGACGCUCGCCAAAUUCCACCGGGUUGUGCCUCAAUCCAUCGGACUGGAGGGAUUCGGAAAGCCGUCUGGGUUCUACGAUCGCCAGAUCGCCACAUUCACCGCGGUGUCCAAGGCACAGUCGCAGGCCGUGGACGUAGAAAGCAAGGAGCCCGUGGGCGAGCUGCCGCACUUCGCAGAAAUGGUGCGGUUCUUCGCCAACAAGGCGACGCAGCCGCAAGACCGAGGCACGCUAGUGCACGGCGACUACAAGAUCGACAACAUGGUGUUCCACAAGACGGAGCCGCGCGUCAUUGGCAUCCUGGACUGGGAGAUGGCGACGGUCGGGCAUCCGCUGUCGGACGUCUGCAACCUGACCAGUCCUUACUUCCUAGACGGAACGGACCACACGGUCGCGAAUUUCCAGCCGGGCGUGACGGCUGGCCUGCCGACGCGGGACGACUGUUUGCGGCUGUAUGGCCAAGUGGCCGGCUGGAACCCCGUGCCGGACAUCAUCUGGGGGGAUGCCUUCUUCCAAUGGCGGAGUUCGGUCAUCAUGCAGGGGAUCAAGGCCCGGCAUGCGCUGAGACAGGCCAGCAGUGCGCGGGCGGCGGAGUACGCGCAGAAGACGACCCCGUUUGCGUUGGGAGCUUGGGAGCGCGUCAAGCAGGCUCAGGCGGCGGUGCGCCAGAAGGGCAAGCUCUAG